AUGUCAACGUUUUACACGUCAACACCACAAGCACAGGCACAUACCGAGAUACUUCUUAAGACAGCAGUAGCACCUGUAUGGUUCGAGGAUCGGAGCGCGAUGUCUAACAUUUUACUAGAUGAAGGGUCUCAGAAAUCAUUUAUUUCAGAAGAUUUAGCAGCACAAUUACAACUUAAACCUUGUGGAAAUUCUACAAUUAGUUUAUCAACUUUUGGAAACGCCAACCAGAACGUGAGACACAUGGAUAAGGCUCAGAUUACUUUAGAAAUUGAAACUGGUGGAUUUAUUCCUAUGGAUGUACUGAUAGUACCGCGCAUUGCCGCACCCCUCAGUAAUGUUACAAAUGUCAUCGCUUCAAAACUGCUAUAUUUCAAAGGAUUACGAUUAGCUAACCCAGUCACAGAGGAUAGGAAAUUUGAACUUUCUCUUUUAAUUGGAGCGGACUACUAUUGGAGUAUUGUGCAGGAUCACGUGAUCAGAGGAGAUGGGCCAACGGCCGUAAAAUCCCGUUUGGGAUACUUGUUGUCAGGACCGAUGCAUACUUUUACAGGAGAACAAUCAUCAACAGGAAUGUUUAAUGUACUGAUUCAACAUCAACAAGAGGAAAGCAGCCUGGAAAAGUUUUGGGAUUUAGAAUCUAUUGGUGUCAAAGCAGACGAAUUAGAAACAACCACCAUGAAAGACUUCAAUGAUGAAUACGAAACAAAAUGCAUAACUUACCAAGAUAAUCGCUAUACCGCAAAACUGCCAUGGAGAAAUGAUUUCAAUGAGUUACCUACGAACUAUAAUGUCACUUUACGCAGAACUUGUAAUAUGAUCGAUAGACUCAAAAAGGAUACCAACAUGCUGAAAAUGUAUGGCGACAUAAUUAAGGACCAAAAACACCGAGGGUUCAUUGAGCGGGUAACAGAAAAUGGAAACCAGUCAAACAGAAUUCACUACAUUCCUCACCAUGCAGUAAAAAAGGACUCAUCUACGACUCCUAUACGUAUAGUCUAUGAUUGUAGUUGUCACGAAUCACCUCACAAGGCUAGUUUAAACGAUUGUCUCAUGUCAGUUCCGCCGAUGUUAAACGAUUUGACGGGAAUUUUAGCUAGAUUCAGAUUACACAAGCACGCAGUGACUACCGACAUAGAGAAAGCGUUUUUGAAUGUCGAACUGGAUAAAGAAGAUAGGGACGUCACAAGAUUUUUUUGGUUGAGUGAUCCAUCUGACCCAGACAGUCCACUAAUAACUUACCGUUUUAGAGUCGUUCUAUUUGGAACUACAUGCUCACCUUACAUCUUGAAUGCCACCCUUAUGAAGCACUUCAAACUCAAUUCUUGUAAAACAGCCGAGAUACUGAAAAACGACCUGUAUGUUGACAAUGUUUUGUCAAGCUUCUGGGAUGAGAAAGAAAUGCUGAAAUUCUACAGAGAAUCACGAGAUUUAUUGGCAAGAGGAGGAUUCAAUCUGAGAUCAUGGACGUCAAAUAGCACAGAAUUACUACGCUUAGCCCAAUCUGAAAAAUGCAUAGAAAGAGAUACGAACAUCAAAAUUCUUGGUCUCCGUUGGAAUGUGAACAACGAUCAAAUCUCGUUUCGAAACAACAUAAAUACAACAACGGAAAGGAUAAUAACAAAACGUGAGAUCUUAAAACAAUCUUCAAACAUUUAUGAUCCGCUAGGUCUGCUUAGCCCCGUCACCGUCAGAACAAAGAUGUUAAUGCAAUUGUUGUGGAAAGAAAAGUUUGCAUGGGACUGCCCUUUACCAAAAGAAAUCGAAUCAACAUGGAGUGAUUUGACCAAAGAUCUACAAUUUGCAAUGAACAUUGAGAUUCCUAGAUGUUAUUUUGAAUGUUCAGGAAUAACGGACAUUGAAACAGCAGAAUUACAUAUUUUCACAGAUUCAAGUCAACUAGCUUAUGGAACCUGUGCGUAUCUUGUCACAGAAAAGGAGUCUGCAUUAGUAAUGGCAAAGAAUCGAGUUGCCCCAUUGAAAAGUGUCACUCUACCUAAUCUUGAACUGAUGGCUGCCCUUUUAGGGGCUCGACUUGCGAAACAUCUUAUUCAAAAUCUACAUAUUGGAAACUUACAAAUCAACUUCUGGUGUGACAGUCAGAUCGUUUUGAAAUGGCUUCAAUCAACAAAACCACUCAAAAAGUUUGUCGCAAACAGAGUCAAGGAAAUUAAGGAGUCAAAUGAAAAUCUAAAAUGGCGUUAUUGUCCGACGGAUGCAAAUCCUGCAGAUUUAUUAACUAGAGGCAUAACAGGAACGAAAUUCAUAAACAACAGAUUAUGGUUUCAUGGACCCGAGUGGAUAACAGACAAAACACAAUGGCCAACAUGGAGCGGAAACGAAAUUGUUGAAAACGAGAAUUUAAUGGAGAUUCCCACUAAUGAAACCUCAGAAAAACAGCACGUCUUGCUCACAUCUCGAUCAGAAACGUCAAGAAUUUGGCAUACAUAA